AUGUCAGACUCGUACGACUACAUCUCCAAGAACCUGUCUAUCGUCAGCGAGAAGAAGGCCGACCAGAUCCUGGGCCACGCAUUCACUCUACAGCUUGACGGCAAGGGCGCCAUGUCGCGGCAGUACGUGCAUCAGUCGCUGAUUUUGACCUAUAUCAUGCAGAUGGGUCCGUCUGGCGUCCGCCUUUUCUUUGACCGUGUCGCCUCUCCGGGCCGUGCCCAGGAGAUGUUCAACAACGAUGUCAAUUCGCGCUAUAACCACAUUGUCGAGCGCUGCAAAGUCAUCAAAGGCGAGCGCGAGCAGUACACCGAGCCCGAGGUGGAGUCAAUCCAGCUCCAGUGCGAUGAUCCCAAUGCUCCGAUCCGCAUCUCGGUACCCGACGAGAGCAACCCAGAGGAGGACCAGGAGCGCAUCAAGCUGUUCAAGAGCAUGCCCACUGUGUUCCAGGAAGCGCUCAAGGAGGGUACGCUUGAGGCUGUCAACAAAGCCUUGGCCACCAUCCCUGGGCCUGAAGCCGAGCAGCUGCUGGGCAUCUGUGGCCAGGGCGACUUCUUGGUCAUCGACGGCGAGAUUGUUGUCGACCCGAAUGAGGAGCCCAGCAAGCAGUAG